AUGUCGAAUCCGGGAUUCUCACACGACCGAAAUGGCCUCGCCGCUCCACGAGACUCGUUAGAACUCGCAUCUCUCGCCUCUUCGUCUCCCGUAUCCGUUGCCGGUUCUUCGCGAUCCUCCUCCCCGAUGGAAUCUCCUCCUCGCGCAAACUGUCACUCGAAGAUGAAGAUCCACUCGCCGAUGACCAAGGAGAUGUCUACCUCGAAGCCGGUCGCCAAAGAGGCUAUUCCGUAUCCUCUGCAUUCGAUUUCGGACGCAACCUUUUCCCAUUAUCCCAAACACAAGGGACAGGAUGGAUCUUUGGAACGGAACAAGACGUUGACAUACUUGAACGGACUCUCCCUAAUCGUUGGUCUGAUUAUCGGCUCUGGAAUUUUCUCCUCGCCGAGCCAGGUCAACGCGAACGCGGGUUCGCCAGGCGCAUCACUCAUUGUUUGGGCUGUUGCUGGUUUGCUCGCGUGGACAGGCGCGGCGAGCUAUGCGGAACUGGGAGGAGCGAUCCCACUCAAUGGAGGAGCUCAGGUCUAUCUUUCAAAGAUCUUCGGCGAACUUCCUGGGUUCCUUUUCACCUGGUGUGCCGUUUUGGUGCUGAAGCCUGGAUCGGCAGCUAUUAUUUCAAUUAUCUUUGGUGAAUAUAUUGUGCGAGCAUUCGUGGGUGCCGAUGUGGAAGAUGUCAGCCCGUGGAUCAACAAGGGCGUUGCUAUCGGUGGUCUGGUAGCGGUGACUCUGUUCAACUGCAUCUCCACCAAGAUCGCGACCCGCAUUGGAGAUCUUUUUAUGUUCUUCAAGUUUGUCGCUCUUCUUGGUGUAACUGUCACGGGAAUCGUGGUGGCAAUCACUGGUUAUUCGUCGAAAGGAAGCGCCAGCGACGAGUGGAAAAACGCCAGUUGGUUCGCAGGAACCAAUACAGAAAUAUCGGACUUUGCGGUGGCGUUGUAUGCAGGACUGUGGGCAUUUGACGGCUGGGACAAUACGAACUAUGUGACUGGCGAGUUCAAGAACCCGAACCGCGAUUUGCCGCGUGUGAUCCAUACCGCUAUGCCCUUGGUCAUUCUGUGUUAUCUGAUGGCCAACGUUGCCUACUUCCUCGUUUUGCCCCACGAUACAAUUGAAGGAAGCAACACCGUUGCCGUCCAAUUUGGCGGCAAGGUCUUCGGCCCCGUCGGUGCUGUUGUUCUCGCACUAGUUGUGGGAGCCAGCUGCUUCGGAGCUCUCAAUGCAACGACAUUCACUAGCGGUCGACUUGUUUACGCGGCCGGAAAGGAAGGUUAUCUUCCAUCGUUAUUCGGACGCAUCGGAUUGGGCAACUCCUCCUCCCCAACCCCAGCCGCGGGCACUCGUCUCCGUCGCCGUUCUUGGGCCCGGAAAUCCAUCUCACGUCUAUUUGGCGACGAAUCCCGGCUUGGAUUCACUCCCAUAUACGCCAUGGCGUUCAAUGCAGCAUUGACCGCCGCAUAUAUUGCCGUUGGUGAAUUCGCUACCUUGGUUACCUUCUAUGGUGUGGCCGGGUAUACAUUUUACUUCGUCACUGUCCUCGGCUUGAUCGUUCUCCGCAUUCGCGAACCCCAUCUCGAGCGUCCGUACCGAACCUGGAUUACAACUCCUAUUAUAUUCUGCUGUGUUAGCCUGUUUCUACUCAGCCGUGCUGUCAUCGCUGAACCUCUUCAAACUCUGAUUGUGGUUGCAUUCAUCAUCACUGGCGUCCCUGUUUAUUACUGGCGCAUAUAUCAGCGAGAUGGUCAAACUGGAAUCUCUUGGAAGUUCUGGAAGUCACGUUCUCGAUAG